AUGGAUUUCAUUCUUUCUUUGACGCACUUCUGCGAGGUGCAUGGUCCCACUUCUAUCAUUUGCUCGCAGGUCCUACCUUUUUCAUGCCCGCAAUGUCACCCCGAAUCCGACUCUCCUCAGGGUACUCCUUCUGAGUCUCGUUUCGAUCAGCGAUCUCAUAAAUCUACCGAGUCCAAGUCGCCCAGAAUCGAAGAUCACCCAUACUUCCUCAAAGGACAUCCGGCAUCUCCCGAAGAUAAAUCCAACCGGGGUGGCGCAAAUGGCGACACCUGCGCCAGUUGCAGCUUGUCUCUGCCGGAAAAUGUGAGCAAACAGCUACCUCCCGGUGCGCCGGGAAGUCGCGACGCAAAAGGAAAUUCUACUAGUCCGGUGCUCCGCUCGCGCGAGCUCGUUUACUCAUGUGGCAACAACCAUUCGGAAGAUGAUGAGACCGACUAUCACACCCAUGCUUCUCCUCCCGACUCACUUCACUCUGCCUCAGUGGCCUCCGACGCUUCAUGUCAUACACACAUUCACACCUAUCUCUCUCAGCGCGGGCCGCCUAAACCCGCUGACUAUGCACUUCUCCGACGCUCCUCAAUUCGCACCCUAAGCUGUGAGCUCCUCCCCCGGGGACUUUCUUCCGGCCCCAUCUGCUUCGGCGACGGAGUCGCUGGUUACACAAUUGCCUACAUUUUCCGUCUUCCAGACCCCAUGGCCCGCGGCAAGCGACGCAGCUAUGCACUGGUCGCACUGGCGGGGCGAGACGCCGGAAGAGCAUUCCGCGCAUGCCCCAUCAUCUGGCGCGCAUUCGGCCGCAUCGCAACCAGCAUUGUCAACGCUGCUGAACGCUUCCAGGAAGACGAGAAGACCCGCGAGGAGCAGAACAACCCGGGAAGACAACCCGGCCGCCAGUACCCUCCUGUUUCAUCCUUCCUCACUGGCCGCGGUAUGGACCCGGCGGGCCGGCGUGCAGCCGGCCAGAUUCGCGCCCGUAAUUUGGCCGAAAUCGUUGGCAAUGAAUACAUCUUUACCGAAUUACAUGCUCAUUUCGUCGCACUUCUGCAGCAGCUGGGCUCAAUGUUUGGCGGCAUUCCUCUUAACGAGGAACGCUUUGUCUGCAGCACUAUGGGUGACGAAGAAAGCCCCAGUCCUAGUCAGCCAGUCCUCGUCUCGAAGGCGAGACAGCCACACGAGGACCAGAAGUAUGACGGUAACGACAUCGACGUGUCGAACCUCGAAAUUUCCACGGGGCCCAAGGCGAUCCCUAUUGCGUCUCGCCGGCCUGUCAUGGCUUGA